CUGGGGGUGAUCGCUACAGGAAACACUGAAGAGGCUGGAAGGCUACUGGGCAGCAAGAAUGUCCGUGUCAAUUGCUUGGAUGAGGUCGCUGACUGAUGUAGACUAACUUUUCAUCACUGCAGAUGGACAGAAAGAUCAUCAGAGGAAACUAAUGUGUUACAUAUGUGAAACCAACAGCUUAGCAGGAUGACUGUAAAGGAGGAAAACUAUAGCUGUGAUCAACACUGAACAGUAUUUCAUAUAUUAACUAGUUCAUACUUAGCUAUAGCUAAAAUUAUUUGUGCAUGUAUCUGUUGACUACCUUCCAAAUCCUGCUUGCAGUAAGUUUAAGCAUGGCAUGACCCCUCUAAUGCAUGCAGCAUACAAAGGGAAAGUAGACAUGUGCAGGUUGCUCUUGCGACACGGAGCUGAUGUGAACUGCAACGAACAUGAACAUGGAUAUACUGCCUUGAUGUUUGCUGGACUUUCAGGAAACAAAGAAAUCACCUGGAUGAUGUUGGAGGCUGGAGCAGAGACUGAUGUUGUCAACUCUGUGGGAAGGACAGCAGCUCAGAUGGCUGCUUUUGUGGGUCAACAUGACUGCGUGACCAUCAUCAACAACUUCUUUCCACGUGAAAGGCUGGACUACUAUACUAAAGCACAAGGCUUAGAUAAAGAACCAAAACUGCCAGUGAAAUUAGCUGGGCCUCUACACAAAAUUAUUACUACUACUAACAUGCAUCCUGUUAAGAUUGUGUUGCUGGUAAAAGAGAACCCUCUGUUGGCCGAAGUAGAAGCACUGCAGAAAUGCUAUAGGGUUCUGGAUCUAAUUUGUGAGAAAUGUAUGAAGCAGAAAGACAUGAAUGAAGUACUUGCUAUGAAAAUGCACUACAUCAGUUGCGUCUUCCAGAAAUGUAUUACAUUUUUAAAAGAGCGAGAGGAUAAACUAGAUGGAUUUAUCAAAAGUCUCUUGAAAGGGAGAGAUAAAGAUGGUUUCCCUGUAUAUCAAGAGAAGCUAAUUCGAGAAAGUAUCCGAAAGUUUCCUUACUGUGAAGCUACAUUGCUCCAGCAGCUCGUGAGAAGUAUUGCUCCUGUUGAAAUAGGUUCUGAUCCUACAGCUCUUUCUGUACUUACACAAGCCAUUACUGGUCAAGUGGGUUUUGUGGAUGCUGAAUUCUGUACAACUUGUGGGGGAAAGGGAGCAGACAAAAGAUGUUCAGUAUGUAAAAUGGUGAUGUACUGCGACCAGAACUGCCAGAAAAUACACUGGUUUACCCACAAAAAAGUCUGCAAGACCCUGAAGGAGAUCCAUGAGAAACAAGAACUAGAAGCUGCCAAAGAAAAAAGGAAACAAGAAAAAAAGCAAAAGAAAGAUGAAGUGCAACUAGUAGAGGGUAGUUCUACAGGUGAAGAACAGUCAGAUCCUGGUCCAGAUGCUACCAAAGAAGUGGGUCCAAAUCAUGCUGCUGACCGAACGCAAGAACCUGAAUUUGCCAAAGAGACGGAGGCACUAGCCCUGCACCCCAAAGGUCCACUGGAAAGUGAGCCUGGUGUAGCUGACGUUGCUCGUCAAAAAAUUCAAGAUUCUGAGGAGUAAGAGGAGAGUAGGAAAGACUAAGAGUUUUGGCUACAUCCCUGUACCUCGAGGAUCCUAAAGAAUUUUUUUAUGCUGACCAUGUCUGAGUUCUUACGGCAUGGCUUAUGCAAGACUCCCUUUGAAAGACAGCGUGACACUGUUCAUCAUGAGGUGAAACAUUGGCUGAUUUUGCCUAUAAAUACUUCAGGUUCUGUCGUAGAUUGUCAAAAUAGGUAUUUACUAUCUGAUAAAAACUAGAGUGGAGUAGACCCAUCUGUAUGUAUACCAACAGUAAGCGUAGUAAAAAUCUACGAGUAUCUGUGGUUAAUCAGCCACUUAGUGAAAAAUAAAAAGCAUUUAAUUUGGAUUAUUCAUGUUUUCAGAACCUAAAAUUUAAUUGUAAUUUAUUUUUUUUCUGCAAGUACACAGAACUGUAGUUAAAGACAGUGGGAAGCCAACUGUUAAAUUGCUUUUUUACACCACUAUAUGAAGCUUUGAAAGAAUUCAGUAGCAGUUAAGUUUCUGAAGAUACUCAUCUGAAUUCUCAACUUUUCAUGACAUUACUGUAAAUAUUUUUGACUAGGGAGUGCACAACAAUAGUGUCUAUUUUGUGGCAAUUUUAUUAAAUGAUACUGCUGUUUCA